AGAUAAAACGUCAAGGAUUCAGGUAAUAAUAGCAUUAGUCACAUUCAAAAUACGGAAUUGGCACAGGAGGGCUUUAUAAUAUUUUAUGAUAACUGAAACAAGUUAUGAAAGUAUAAGCAAUAACUCAAAUGGGUUAUAAACUGCGAUAACUUUAAACAGUUACACUCCUGACUGGUAGUGUACCGACAAUGUCACGCUUAUUUUAAUAUUGAAUAUGCUGUCAUUCAAACUUGCUUUUUUUUAGUUUGCAUUAUAAUCAAGUGGCAGUUGGUCAUGGAUGAAGCGGAGGAAACAACUAGUACUGUAGACUUUGAUGUAUCUGUUGUGCUACCAGCGGGAGGAUGUGGGGAGAGGUUCGGGUGUGAUUUACCUAAACAAUACAGCUUACUCAUAGACCAACCUGUCAUACUUCAUACAAUCAAGGCUUUUCAUAGGAUAACCUGGAUUAAAAGGAUAGCAGUGGUUGUUAACGCAAAGUUUUUGUCCUACAUGGAUCAACUGGUACUGGAUAAUAAACUAGACAAGGUAGUUGUUGUGAAGGGCUGUACCACAAGACACAGAUCUAUUUAUGCUGGUGUGAAGAUAUUGGCCAAAGAUGUAGACAUGUCUAGUGUAGUAAUUAUCCAUGAUGCUGUGAGACCAUUUAUAGAUGAGAAAGUGAUCCAGAAGAUUGCCGUUUAUGCAAGGUCAUUUGGGGCAGCAGGUGUUACAAGACCGCUGGUUUCCACGGUGAUAUCAGCAGAUGAUGAGGGUUUAUUGCGAGAAUCUCUAGACAGGAGUCGGUACUGUGCCAGUGAGAUGCCACAAGGAUUCCAGCUCAGUGUCAUAAAAACUGCUUAUGAAAAGUCAGAUGAUCAUGAUUUUGACUAUGGUACAGAAUGUCUUUUACUUGCCAUGAAGUACACAGGAACAAGAGCCAAGCUGUUAACUGGACCAGACAAUCUAUGGAAGGUGACUUACAGAAAAGAUUUGUAUGCAGCUGAAGCAAUUGUAAAAGAACAGAAUGUGACUGUUCAAGUUAACUUUACAUCCUGCCAAGUUAACAAAGAUCUAAAGGAGGCUAUAUUCUCAAAAUGCAGAAGUAAAAGUCUUGCUGUAAAAGAAAAUACCGGCUUAGAGUCUGUCAUUUGCAACAGCGUUGUGUUCAUAUACUCAAAUUUCAGUACAAGUGCAAUCUUCAAAAACACAAAGUGUGUUCAGACAUCUGCUGUAGACUCAGAUAUUACCAUGACAACCCCUCUAAGGUCAUGUGUGGUACAUGUUUAUGAUGGGAACUUGUUAGACAAGGAUGAUAUUUUCAUAUUUAUGAAAACAGUUAGUGAAGCAAUGGAAAAUAUACCAGAUAUCCUCAUUUUCGGAAUAUUACAUUUUAAUGUUGGUGACUAUAACAAGCUGUCUGACAUGGUGACAAGUCUGGUGUGGAACAGAGACCCUACAAUGUGUGGACAGACAUUUGUUAUACACAAGAGCAAAAACAAGACUCAUAAAAAUUCAGAAAUUCAAUAGAUAUUUAGCUGGUAACUGCAGUAUUCAAGAAUAACAAGGCAGGUACAAGACCUGGUGUUGCAUAAUUGUGUAUCACAGUCUGAUGUCAAUUCUACUUUGCAUUAAAUUAAAAUACUCAUUAUAUUUUUAGCUCACCAGCACAAGAAUGCAAGGGGUACCUAUUGUGAUUGCCUUAUAUCCAUCCAUCUUUUCUACUCUUUUUGCCUGUUAUGCACAGAAGCAAUGAAGAAAUUCUCAUGUUGGCAAUAUUAAACAAUCUUGGUUGCCAUGGUGAUGGAUUUGUUCAAAAGAAAACAAUCUUCUCUGCAACUGGAAUGCAGAAUUUCAAAUAAUUUUACAGAAAUGAUUUCUAGAAAGAUGUUAAUAUUGUUGAAAAGAAUUUUAUCAUCUUGAAUAGCAACAAAGGAAUGGUACUUUUUACUGUGAAAGCUCUCGCUCUCUCUCUCUCGAAAAUUUCUAUAUUCUUACCAAAAAGUGCAAAGUUUAGACUCAAAAUAUUUUCUGUACACGUUUACUUAUAGAAAAUUUCUAUAUUCUUACCAAAAAGUGCUAAGUUUAGACUCAAAAUAUUUUCUGUACACAUUUACUUAAUUGUUCUCUGCCAAGUUUAUAUAAUCCAGGCCCAUUUUUCAAUUUGCGGACCACACAGUGGUAAAAUGUUUAAAAGAUCUUUUUCUUUUAUAACUAGCUAGAAAUUCCACUCUGAUAAUCAGACUCUUCAAAAUUAUUUUGUUUUUGUUUGUUCAGAACAGUUAGCCAAACUAGGUACUGUGAAAUAAUUUAUUUUCAUGGGCAUGAAAUUUCAUGGUUUUGGUAAAAGCAGCCAUUUCAUGGGGAUAUGAAUUCGUAGAUUUCAACUUUUGAAGAUUAAACAAGUGCGAGUUUGAUAAUUGAGCCGAGCCAUGAGAAAACCAACAUAGUGGGUAUGCGACCAGCAUGGAUCCAGACCAGCCUGCGCAUCCGUGCAGUCUGGUCAGGAUCCAUGCUGUUCGCUAACAGUUUCUCCAAUUCUAAUAGGCUUUAAAAGCGAACAGCAUGGAUCCUGACCAGACUGCGCGGAUGCGCAGGUUGGUCUGGAUCCAUGCUGGUUGCAAAGCCACUAUGUUGGUUUUCUCAUUGCACGGCUCAUAUGUUUGUUGGGAUUAAAUUUUGUGGAUUGAUGCAAGCAAGAAUACAAGUCCCCCUAGAAAAUGAAUGAUUUCACAGUAUACUAUACCUAAAAUACCAUAGACUACAGGAUCACUUUCUUGGAAAAACUGUAGUCACUAUCAUGUAGAGACUUGCCCUAAGCCUUCUUUACAUAUGGGAAACAAUCUGUUUAUAUAGUUAAAUUGUUGAGUGAACAUCUUUUGUCAAUCCUAAUCCUGUCCAUGUUAUACCAACUAGUGCAAAGGAAAAGUAACCUAUCUAUGUUAAAUGUUAUGCAUGAUAAGACAGUCAUGCAUCUAACAGUCCUAAAAUUGGUUUCUUUGAUUAAUCCCCCGCCGUGGGGUGCGUCCGUCCUUCCGUCCGUAACAAAUUCGUGUCCGGUCCAUAUCUCCUAAACCCCUUGAAGGAUUUUCAUGAAACUUGGGUCAAAUGAUCACCUCAUCAAGACGAUGUGCAGAACCCAUGAGUCAGCCUUGUCGGUUCAAGGUCAAGGUCACAACUCAAGGUCAAAGGUUUGAGCCUGCCAUUUUGUGUCCGCUCUAUAUCUCCUAAACCCCUUGAAGGAAUUUUAUAAAACUGGGCUCAAAUGAUCACCUCAUCAAGACAAUGUGCAGAACCCAUGAGUCAGCCAUGCCGGCUAAAGGUCAAGGUCACAACUCAAGGUCAAAGGUUUGAGCCUUCCAUUUUGUGUCCGCUCUAUAUCUCUUAAACCCCUUGAAGGAAUUUUAUAAAACUUGGGUCAAAUGAUCACCUCAUCAAGGCGAUGUGCAGAACCCAUGAGUCAGUCAUGCCGGCUCAAGGUCAAGGCCACAACUUAGGGUCAAAGGUUUGAACCUUCCAUUUUGUGUCCGCUCUAUAUCUCCUAAACCCCUAGAAGGAUUUUCAUCAAACUUGGGUCAAAUGAUCACCUCAUCAAGGCGAUGUGCAUAACUUAUGAGUCAGCCAUGUCAGCUCAAGGUCAAGGUCACAACUGAAGGUCAAAGGUUUGAGCCUUCCAUUUCGUGUCCACUCUAUAUCUCCUAAACCCCUUGAAGGAAUUUUAUAAAACCUGGGUCAAAUGAUUACCUCAUCAAGACGAUGUGCAGAAAUUAUGAGUCAACCAUGCCAGCUCAAGGUCAAGGUCACAACUAAGGGUCGAAGGUUUGAGCCUUCUAUUUGGUGUCCACUCUGUAUCUCCUUAACCCCUUGAAGGAUUUUCAUCAAACUUUGGUCAAAUGAUCACCUCAUCAAGAACUCAUGAGUCAGCCAUGUCAACUCAAGGUCAAGGUCACAACUGAAGGUCAAAGGUUUCAGCUCUGUAUCUCCUAAACCCCUUGAAGGAUUUUCAUGAAACUUUGGUCAAAUGAUCACCUCAUCAAGACGUUGUGCAGAAUUCAUGAGUCAGCCGUGUCAGUUCAAGGUCAAGGUCACAGCUAAAAUCAAAGGUUUUACCCUUUCACUAUCCAUAGCAGUGGCGGGGGAUUUAGCUGUCUUUCAGACUGCCUUGUUUUCUCAUAUUUCUAGAUAUUUUUCCCAUACUUUGACGCAUAUAUUAUAUGGGUAGUAGAAAUUGUUCUCUUUCCAGCAGUAGCCUUUUCAACAUAUUUUACCUUGUAAAUUCUGUGGGUUUUGACUUUUUCAGAAAAAUUGUCUGUUUGUUGACAAAUUUCACCCCAGAAAAUGUCACACUUUCCCCAGGGCAUUAACUUAUUUGAUCUUUACAUAAUUUUCUAUUCAGAUUGCUAAUCCAUGUGGCAAUUAUGCAUGUUUUAUCCUUGCCUAGAGGUAAACAGUGCAAAGUCUGCAUGAGGUUCUAGGUCAAUAGCCACCUAGCCUACAAUAAAGUCUUAGCGGAGUUGUCUCCAUUUUUAUGCCCCUGAAGGGAGGCAUAUUAGUUUUCAACUGUCCGUCCAUUCGUUCGUCACAAUGUUAACUUUUUACAUGAAGGCAACGUUAACUUUACACGCGAACCACUGCACCCAGGAUCUUCAAACUUCACAUGCUAAUAUUACUUAUUGAGUACACGACCCCUAUUGACUUUGGGGUCACCAGGUCAAAGGUCAAGGCGCUGCGGGGGCAUUUGUCACCAUUAGUGACAGCUCGUUUCCAAAUAUUUUACCCGGGAUCAUUUUUUUUUCAGCUCGAGUAACUCUUUUUCAGAAAAUGAUGUUUUAAUUAUUUUUUCAGUCUACUUACUUUGAUGGAGUUAAAUACACAUAUAUCUCAAAUACAUUGUUCCUACUUUAGUUACACUGCCUACACUAUGCUGGUCACCAGCUAUAACCAGGAAGUGAAUUGUACCAAGUAAUUCAAAAUGUUUAUGUAUGUAUCCCAUGUAUAAUAUUGCUGCAUGUAUUAUAUUUGUAACUUAUAUUCUUCUUUUAUACCAUACAAUAUGAUAUAAUAAUGACCUAACAAUUUUGCAGUAAAUUAAAAA